AUGCUUCUACCUAAAGGUGGCAUCACCUGGAAAUCUGCCAAGGCACAACUUCCUCCUACCAGAGCGAUAUGGGUCUUUUUAACAAGAACACGAGUUCUCCUAUCUAUCGCUGUAGCUGGCAUCAUCUUAUUACUAUGGCGCGGCAUCAGAUCCUCGGCUAGUGAGAUGCAAAGCUUCUACUGCUGGGGUCCCUCAAAACCGCCAAUGGACAUGACCCUCAAUGAGCAACAGGCGUGGAAUGCUCAUUUACAAACUCCUGUCAUCUUCAACCACCACGCUCCGAUCACGAUCAACGAGACCUCGAUAUCGCACGUCAAUCUCAAUGGAAUCAGAUCAACGCGCCAGGCUAUCGACAACGAAGAACGAGUUCUCCUUCUUACCCCCCUGAAGGAUGCUGCGCCGUAUUUGUCCAAGUACUUCGAACUUAUUGCCGAGUUGACUUAUCCUCAUCGCCUCAUCGACCUCGCAUUUCUAGUCGGAGAUUCCACUGACGACACUAUGGGCGUAUUGGCUAUGGAACUAGAUCGCAUCCAGAAGCGCCCAGAUAAUAUCCCGUUUAAUAACGUUCUGGUUGUGGAAAAAGAUUUCGGUAGCCAUCUCAGCCAGUCUGUCGAGGAUCGGCACAGCUUUGAGGCUCAAGGUCCGCGACGGAAGGCUAUGGGUCGUGCUAGGAAUUAUCUGCUAUCUGCCUCGUUGAAGCCGAAUCAUUCCUGGGUCUACUGGCGUGACGUUGACAUUGUGGAUAGUCCUAAGAAGAUUCUAGAGGAUUUCAUUGCACACGACCGAGAUAUUCUAGUUCCUAAUAUCUGGUUCCACCGUUACGAGGGUUACGGCGACAACAAAAUCGAUAUCGAAGGCAGAUUCGAUUACAACUCCUGGGUCGAGUCCGAUAAGGGCCUGAAGUUAGCCUCUAAACUAGACAAAAACAUGGUUCUAGCAGAAGGUUACAAGCAAUAUGACACCGGUAGAACUUAUAUGGCACGGAUGGGUGACUGGCGAAACGAUCCUGACGAGGAAAUCGAACUCGAUGGUAUUGGUGGCGUCAACAUCCUAGUUAAAGCCGAUGUCCACCGAUCAGGUAUCAACUUCCCAUGCUAUGCAUUCGAGAACCAGGCCGAGACGGAAGGUUUCGCGAAAAUGGCCAAGAGAGCAGGCUACGAAGUCAUUGGCCUGCCCAAUUAUGUCGUCUGGCAUAUCGACACAGAAGAAAAGCCGGGGAACGCAUAA